GCAGGUUUUCUUCACCAGCGGAGUGUGAGAAAUAGAGACUGAAGAAGAUGAGUGAGCUGGAACAGUUACGGCAGGAGGCAGAGCAGCUGCGAAAUCAAAUCAGAGAUGCAAGGAAAGCAUGUAGUGACACAACCCUUGCUCAGAUCACAACAAGCCUGGACUCAGUGGGUCGAAUUCAAAUGCGAACAAGGCGUACGCUUAGAGGUCACUUAGCCAAAAUCUAUGCUAUGCACUGGGGAUCUGACUCAAGGCUACUAGUCAGUGCUUCUCAAGAUGGAAAAUUAAUUAUUUGGGAUAGUUAUACAACAAAUAAGAUGCACGCCAUUCCUUUGAGAUCCUCCUGGGUGAUGACUUGCGCGUACGCGCCGUCUGGAAACUACGUGGCCUGCGGUGGACUGGACAACAUCUGUUCCAUAUACAACUUAAAAACCAGAGAGGGCAACGUGAGAGUCAGCCGGGAGCUGCCCGGGCAUACAGGAUACUUGUCCUGUUGUCGCUUUCUAGAUGACAACCAAAUUGUCACUAGCUCAGGAGACACCACUUGCGCUUUGUGGGAUAUCGAAACUGGUCAACAGACCACCACCUUCACUGGGCACACUGGCGAUGUGAUGAGUCUCUCUCUAAGUCCAGACAUGAGGACUUUCGUUUCGGGUGCCUGCGAUGCCUCCUCGAAGCUUUGGGAUAUCCGAGACGGAAUGUGCAGGCAGUCGUUCACAGGGCACGUGUCGGAUAUUAAUGCAGUCUGUUUUUUCCCUAAUGGACACGCGUUUGCCACUGGAUCUGAUGAUGCCACUUGCCGGCUCUUUGACCUACGCGCAGAUCAGGAAUUAAUGAUGUAUUCGCACGACAACAUCAUCUGCGGGAUCACUUCUGUAGCCUUCUCCAAAAGCGGUCGCCUCUUGCUAGCAGGUUACGAUGACUUCAACUGCAACGUGUGGGAUACUCUGAAAGGGGAGAGAGCAGGUGUCCUGGCUGGCCAUGACAACCGUGUCAGCUGUUUAGGUGUUACUGAUGACGGCAUGGCUGUAGCUACAGGGUCUUGGGACAGUUUUCUCAGAAUCUGGAAUUAACUGGGAGCCAAACAUGUACAUUCUCCAUUUGAGAUCUGGAGAGAUCAAUGCUGCAGCCUAUAGCUGUGAAAUAACAUUUCUACCUUGUAUUUGCAGGUGAAGUUUUUCUAUUCACUGAUUAUUACACAAAAUGGCUUUCUGUAAACUAGAAAAAAAAAAAAUCAAGUGAAGAAAUAGGGGAGGGGGGAAGAAAUCACUGACUUUUUAAAAGGGGCCAGCACACAUAAUCAUGGUGACCGACAAACUA